UGUUCUACAGAUCAGUUCCCUCUUAGCAUUAAAGGGGAGGGGGUAUUUGCCCCGGUGAGCUUACACUCUGAUCUGCAGGUCAAAUCGCACAGAGCUGUGUAAAGAAGUGGCAGACCGUCCAUGUUGCUGAGCAUUGCUGGGGGCCCCUAAGCCGAUCUAUGGGGAGGGGGGAAGAGAAUAUUGUUCCGGUAUUUGCGGGACUGUCCCAGAGAUUUUGCUGAGUUGUUUCUGUGAGUCACCUUUUUCGACCCUCCCAGUAGCGGCGUGUAGCGCUCAUAUAUCACCUGCCGCCUGGGAACCGCAUUGACUCCUCCGAGGUGAGUGACUGGAGGCAGCUCCGCGCCGCUUUGCCAGUUUAACGCUGGGCGGGGUAUUGCUAUUUAUAGAGGGAAAUAAUUGGGGGUAUUGCUAUUUAUAGAGGGAAAUAAUUGGGGGUAUUGCUAUUUAUAGAGGGAAAUAAUUGGGGGUAUUGCUAUUUAUAGAGGGAAAUAUUUGGGGGUAUUGCUAUUCAUAGAGGGAAAUAAUUGGGGGUAUUGCUAUUUAUAGAGGGAAAUAAUUGGGGGUAUUGCUAUUUAUAGAGGGAAAUAAUUGGGGGUAUUGCUAUUUAUAGAGGGAAAUAAUUGGGGGUAUUGCUAUUCAUGGAGGGAAAUAAUUGGGGGUAUUGCUAUUCAUAGAGGGAAAUAAUUGGGGGUAUUGCUAUUUAUAGAGGGAAAUUAUUGGGUUAUUGCUUUACAUAGAGGGAAAUAAUUGGGGGUAUUGCUAUUUAUAGAGGGAAAUAAUGGGUGUAUUGCUUUACAUAGAGGGAAAUAAUGGGGGCAUUGCUAUCAUAGAGGGAAAUAAUAGGGGGUAUUGCUAUUCAUAGAGGGAAAUAAUGGGGGUAUUGCUAUUCAUAGAGGGAAAUAAUGGGGGUAUUGCUAUACAUAUAGAGGGAAAUAAUGGGGGGUAUUGCUAUUCAUAGAGGGAAAUAAUUGGGGUAUUGCUAUAUAUAGAGGGAAAAAAUGGGGGUAUUGCUUUACAUAGAGAGAACUAAUGGGGGUGCAAUGUCUUUAUUUACGGCAGGAAUUUUUCUGUGUAGGCAAUAUCUGUAUAUAGGGGGAAUAUGGGGGAUAUAUAUAAUGGGAGUAUCUAUUUUGUGGGGCAUACUAUCUGUAUAUGAGGGUAUCUAUUCUGUAGGGGCAAUAUAUAUAUAUAUAUAUAUAUAUAUAUAUAUAUAUAUAUAUAUAUAUAUAUAUAUAUAUGUGUGUGUGUGUGUAUGUGUGUGUUCUAUUAAAUCACUUCUAUUACAUCUUUCCCACAAUCCAAGGCAGAGGAUUUCACAACGCAAUACAAUGUGGGUCUGUGGGGCAAACACAUCACUGGCAAAGCUGGCACUUUGCUCUCUGAUGUUGGCCCUGGCACAGACUAGUCCUUCUGUGCCCACCUACCAGUGGAGAGACAGCGUAACUGGGGAGCUGCUGAUAUGCAAUAAGUGCCAGCCAGGCACAUUGGUGGCCAAGCAUUGUACAUCCUCUAGCCCCACUCAGUGCCAGCCCUGCCCAGAGAACCACUAUACCCAGUACUGGAACUACCUGGACAAGUGCCGUUACUGCAAUGUCUUCUGUGAGGACAGGGAGCGGGUUGAGCAUGAGUGUAAUGCCACCCACAAUAGGGUGUGUGAAUGCAAACCUGGGUACCACCGUGGUGUCCAUUUCUGUGUCCAACACAAAGAGUGUGGCCCUGGAUACCUGGUUUCAAAGAAAGGUACUGCAGAAUCAGACACAGAGUGUGCCCCCUGCCCUACCGGAACCUUCUCUGCUCAUCCGUCUAUGGAGAAACACUGCCAAGCCCACACAAACUGCUCUUCACUUGACCUGAAAGUCAAUGUUCCAGGGACCACUCACUAUGAUACCCUCUGUACCGGGUGCCUGGGUCACUAUAACCUCAAGGAGGUGAAUGCAGAAUGUGAUCAGGCUGUUCAGGAUUUUGUGGUCCAUAAAAAAUUGAGCUCCCGCCGCAUCCGGCGCCUUCAGCUAAGCCUGAAUGGUCAAGACAAGUUGGAGAGGGAGGCCGAGAUUUACAGGAAACUUAGAUAUUCCCUGGCGCACCUAAAGGCCAGUCAGCCAGACAAACCCCUACUGCCAACACUUUUGCCAAUCCUGCGCAAAGCCAGACUGGGUCACUUGGAAGAGGAGUUACGGACCCGCUUCUUGCAGCCCCCGAACAGCUUGGUGUAAGAAAUGAACAGAAGGUUCCUUCUACAUUAACUGGGAAGUCGCAAGUGUCACCCUGUUGCUACUGAGCCUCAGCUCUAGGAGAACCCCCUGUAAAACCUCCAUGGGCUGCACAGACAUUCUCCCAUGUUGGGGUUUCAGAAGGCACCAAAGCGGGGUUGUCGUGGAUUCUGUCGAACUUUAACCAGGUUUCGUCUCCCUGCAGAGCCCUUACAACUGCAUUAUAGAGAGAGCACUGAAAGAUAGCUUUAUAAGAAAAUACUAUUUUUCUAUCAUAAUAAAAGCACAAUUGUUUGUUUUGUA